AUGUUCUCUCUUGCUGCUGACCUCCAUGUUUACAUCUCAGAAAGUGAGCACUUUACAGAUUUUAACAACACUGAAGCGCUGUUGUGGGGGCAGACCGACCUGGUGUAUGGAGACUGGUCUAGCGGUGAAAACGGAGACGGGUGUUAUGAACACUAUCAAGAACUAGAUGUUCCUGAGAGUGUGAAAAGGAAUGGGUCUGUGUACGUCCAUGUGUAUUUCACCAAGAGUGGCUUCCACCCAGAUCCUAAACGCAAGGGGCAGUACAGACGCCUGGCGACCGUCCACAUGUCACGAAUGUUGAAUAAAUACAAACGCAAAAGAUUUCUGAAAACAAAGAACCUGCUCACUGGGGAGACGGAAACAGAUCCUGAGAUAAUAAAGCGUGCUGAGAAUUACGGUCCUGUUGAAGUAAUCUCUCACUGGCAUCCCAACGUGACUAUAAGCAUGGUGGACGAUCACACAGCCUGGGUGAAGGGAGCCGUCCCUCCUCCUCUUGAUCAGUAUGUGAAGUUUGAUGAAGUAAGUGGCGACUACUACCCCAUUGUGUAUUUCAACGACUACUGGAACCUGCAGAAGGAUUACUUCCCCAUCAAUGAAACGGUGGAGAAGCUGCCCCUGCGGCUUGUGUACUGCCCACUGUCUCUGUGGCGCUGGCAGCUGUACACCGCUCAGAGCACCAAGUCUCCCUGGAACUUCCUGGGGGAGGACUUGUAUGAGCAGUCCGAUGAGGACCAGGACUCUGUCAAGGUGGCUCUCCUGGAAACAAAUCCUUAUCUUCUGGGGGUGACAAUCGUGGUGUCAAUAGUGCACAGUGUCUUCGAGUUCCUGGCCUUCAAGAAUGAUAUCCAGUUCUGGAACAGUCGGCAGUCCCUGGAGGGGCUCUCUGUGCGCUCCGUGUUCUUCGGGGUCUUCCAAUCCCUCAUCGUGCUUCUCUACAUCCUCGACAACGAGACCAACUUCGUGGUCCAGGUCAGCAUCUUCAUCGGCCUGCUCAUUGACUUCUGGAAGAUCACCAAGGUCAUGGACGUCAGGCUGGACAGAGAAAACAGAGUAGCAGGAAUAUUCCCGCGUCUCACUUUCAAAGACAAAUCAACAUACGUGCAGUCUUCUACCAAAAUAUACGAUGCUAUGGCGUUUAGGUACCUGUCCUGGCUUCUCUACCCAUUGCUUGGCUGCUAUGCUGUCUACAGUUUGUUGUACAAUGAGCACAAAAGCUGGUACUCGUGGGUACUGGGCUUGCUUUAUGGCUUUUUGCUAACCUUUGGGUUCAUCACAAUGACCCCGCAGCUGUUCAUUAACUACAAGAUGAAGUCAGUGGCUCACCUCCCAUGGAGGAUGCUCACGUACAAAGCACUGAACACCUUCAUUGACGACCUCUUUGCCUUUGUCAUCAAGAUGCCUAUGAUGUACAGAAUAGGCUGCCUCCGAGACGAUGUGGUGUUUUUCAUUUACCUGUAUCAGCGCUGGAUAUACAGAGUGGACCCGACUCGAAUGAACGAGUUUGGAACGAGUGGCGUGGAACCCGGGCAGGGAACAACAGAACAGAUUGCUGGUGCAGAGAGUGAACCUGCUGCAGCUGCAAUAGCAGACAAACCAGACGGGCAGAAGAAGAACGAUUAGCAGCCCUGCUUCACGAGAGAAUUCAAACAAAGCAAGAGUGGGGACAGGGUAAUGGGGACAGGAGGAAGAAUGGACAGAAAACAAAGCAACUCUCUUCUGAGAUCUGGGAUCUGACUUAGUUUUUUUUUUUAUAUAUAUAUUCCAGUUAACUUUGUUUUUUUGAAAUUUGGUGAAGUGUAAUGUGACGUACUGUUUUUGUUUUGGGGUGGGGUGGGGAGGGGUAGCUGCACAGAUCUCCAUAUUUAAAAAGUGCAAACUGUUGUCCGAUCAUUGUGAAUUCCAUGCCAGUGUGAGAAUGUUUGGUGCAUUUGCUAAUAGCAAAUUCAUUGGGUUUGAUUCUAUGUAUGUUCAAUAAACCAUGGGUGGUCUUCUAAAAGGGCCUGUGAAACUAUUGUAUGUUCUGGAAUUGUACAGAAUCUAUGCUUGUAUGUUAAUUAUACUGAUGUCCAUUGUUUAGCAAUAGUGUAUGUGGAAUAAUAAAUUCUUACCCAGAUUGCUGAUCCUUUAAAAUAUGUGUUUAAAAAAAAAAAAAUCUGCUUAUGUUUUGGUGC